GCAGCCAGGUUUGAGAUAAAACCAGACAUGUUGGUCUUGGGGGAGCUUUUUGGCUUCAGGGCUCUUGGCUUGCGGCCAGCUCUCAUAGUACUAUUGGGUUUCCAGGUUGGCGGAUCAGAAAUCCGAGGUUUGGAAUUUAACUCAAGAGCUGAAGAAGGAAGGAAGCAGGAUGGAGCCGGAAGGAGAACUUGAGCAGGCACAUGGAGCCAAGAGACACAUGAAGAAACUGCGCUUGCUUCUUGGUUGUGGACUGGACACAGAUGUGGGCUGCUGCUUCUCCCAGCCCAAAUCCACUCCUCCAUAAGGGAAGACAAUCAGCAUCAUUGCUGCUCCAGUUACAAAGUCUCCAAGGACCCUCCUGGACUCCUUCUCCCCAGACCCCUGGAUGGGGUGUGAUGCCCCUCACCCUCCUGCUGCUGCUCUGGGGGCCCCUGGCCCUGAUGGAGACCCCGGAGGGUUCCCAUUCCCUGAGGAUUUUCCACACCGCGAUGUCCCGGCCCGGCCUCGGGGAGCCCCACUACAUCGCCGUGGGCUACGUGGACGACACGCAGUACGGGUGGUUUGACAGCGACUCUCCGGGCCAGAGUGCGGAGCCGCGGGCGCCCUGGGCGGGGCAGGUGGGGCAGGAGGACCUGGACGAGGAGACUCAGAGCCAAAGAGACAACGCACAGUGGUUCAAAGCGCUCCUCGAGGAAUUGCGCGGCCGCUACAACCGGAGCGAGGACGGGUCUCACACCCUCCAGAGGAUGUUUGGCUGUGAAGUGGGGCCAGACCUGAGUCUCCUCGGCGGGUAUGACCAGUUCGCCUACGACGGCGUGGAUUUCAUCUCCCUGAGCAAGGACCUGCGCUCCUGGACCCCCGCGGACUCGGGGGCUCAGAUCACCCAGCACCAGUGGGAGGCGGCGGGGAGGGCCGAGCGCGUCAGGCACAGUGUGCAGAGCAGGUGCUUCCCGCGGCUCCGCAGACUCCUGGAGACGGGGAAGGAGGUGCUGCAGCGCGCAGAUCCCCCAAAGGCACAAGUGACCCUCCAUCUCACCUCUGACCAUGAGGUCACCCUGAAGUGCUGGGCUCUGGGCUUCUACCCUGCGGACAUCACCCUCUCCUGGAAGCGAGAUGGGGAGAACCUGACUCAGGACACAGAGCUGGUGGAGACCAGGCCUGGUGGUGAUGGAAACUUCCAGAAGUGGGUGGCUGUGGUGGUGCCUUCUGGAGAGGAGCAGAGAUACAUGUGCCAUGUGCAGCAUGAGGGACUGGAGGAGCUCCAAGUCCUGAGAUGGGUGCCCCCUCCUCAGUCCUCCAAGCCCAACGUGGCCAUCAUUGCUGGCCCAGUCCUUGGAGCUGUGCUCACUGGAGCUGUGGUUGCUGCAGCUGUGAUGUGGAGGAAGAAGCGCUCAGGUGAAGAAGGAAGAAGCUACACUCUGGCUCCAGCUCUUGUUUGACACUGAGAUUCCCGCCCUGCUGAUGCCCCAAAGAGGAGGAGGCUGGACACUGAUUCCCUCAGAUGUACCAGGGUCAGGAUAACCGGGAGGCUGACGACAAGUUCUGGGGCUGAACAGGACGGACACUGGGAGUGUCAGCUGUGACGGGCUGUUCUGAUGGGCUGUUUGGUCAGAACAUGAAGGUUUCUCAGAGCAGAGAGCACCGGGAGGACACACAGGAGAGAAACGUGUGGAGAAGCCGCCUUGCUUCUUGGCUUUGCACUUGAACUGGGAACUUAGAGACGUAGAAGGAGACGCCUGGAAGACACCAUGAUGGCCUGAGUUGGAUCCCUAGCCAGGUAGCUGACCCCCGUGGUGCGGCAGACCUCUCCUAUCGUGCCUGGUGCUCCCCUCAGCAGUGUAUUUCAGUAGAUCUGCCUGUUCCGUUCCCCACUUUGUCUCUGAUGAAUCCUCUCACCAUUGCAACCCCCACCACCUCUGGCCUUCACCCCAGCUCUUCUGCACAUAAGUAAAUAUAUCUUAAAAAUGUGUUUGUUUUCAUAAAUCCAAUAAAGUUCUGUUUCCCCUUUUCUUUAAUAGAUAAUUGGAAAUACGGGUAUUUUACCAAGGCUUUGUCUGGAAUGUUGUGUUUUCAGAAACCAGACUGAUCUCAGAGCCUACAAGGAAACAAUAACCUGGCACUUGUUUUAGGGGUACAAAAGGUCUGUCAUGAGUGUAAAGAAUAACCCCUUGUGAGGCCCAGAAACCCCAGAUGUCUUGGGAACCUCAAGAGAGGGUUCCUGGAAGAUCUAGGUACUGCAGGCCAAAUCUGAUGGUGAGACCUUGGUGUGGUCCUGAGCCCUGACUCCUGGCUUUCAGAAGCUCUUAGUCUGAGGGUUCUUAUAAGUUCCAACAAAGCAAAAUUAAAAGGUCUGCAUAAUAAUUUCUGUUCCUGUUGAAUUCAUGCAAACUGACUGUGAUGGUGUAGUGUCUGGGUGAGGCCGGGACCUGAUAACAGUCUGGAGGCUGAACAUGCUGGAUACCAGGAACAAUAACUGUGACAGGCUGUUCUGACAGCUCUUUGCUGUGACUGUCUGUGUGUAACUGAUUAUAACAAGGCCAGCUGGAGAUGAGACGGGCCCUUCAGGGUGCGAUGCCCCCCAUUCUCUCAGAUCAAUGGCCAGUGAUCUGAAAAGUGAAAGUGCCUGAAGAUUCCAUUCCUGGCUCUGCUUGUGGCUUUCUGGUGGUGAUGGUGAAGGGUCCAUGCAGGAGGCCUGAAUGCAAAAGCCCACCACGAAGCCUACCUGAGGGCAGGAAUGCGGAAGCUGCCUGGAGGAUUCAGACAAUGAGCCUCCCCCCUCCCCCUAUGGGUCUCUUCUCAGACAAAGAACCUCUACCUGCCCCAUGAAUCUUUUCGUGCCCUACAAAGUUCUUCCCACCUUAUGAACCCAAUUUCCCACCUGACCUCUCCUCACUCUAUAAAAGCCUGCCUCCCCCUGACAAUGUGUGCGGCUUUACUGACCCCCACCUUGGUCCGUGAAGCUCUCCCGGGCGCACAACAAAUUUUCCCCAUCUUUGAGAAACUUAGCCUGGCUCUUCUUUACAGCGCUGAACCUUUCAAUAUGAUUUAAGCCAUCAUGAAUUUAUGACACUUGUGUGACCAAACAAAUGGUGUAUUCUGGAGACUAUUCCAGGUGCACCUGACAAGAAUAUAUAUUCAGCUUUUUGGAGUGUAGCGCCCUGUGAAUAUUUAUUCAGCCCACAUGGUCUAAUUCCUCACUUAAAGCUAUAGUUUCCCUGAGUUCUGUCAGGUGAUGUGUCCUUGAUGAAAGUGGGGUCUUGAAUUUCUUUACCACCAUUGUGUUGCUGCUGAUAUCUGUUUUCAGAUCUGUUAAUAGUUGCCUUAUAUAUUUUGCUGCUCCUUUGUUUUGUGCAUGUGUAUUGAUGAGUGUUAUGUCUUCCUGAUGUAGGAUUCCUUAAUCAGAUGAUGGUCAUCCCUGUCUCUUGUUACCUUUUUUAGCUGGAAAUUUAUUUUAUGUUAUAGAGCAGCCCCUGCAAUUUUGGGGAUGCCCCAAUUAAAUUGUGUUUUUUCCCAAGAACUUUUCAAUCCUAUUGGUUAUCUUAGUAGCUCCAGUGGGUCUCCUGGAGAGGCAUAGAGUUGGGUUUUAUUUUUUGGUACAAUCAGGCACUGUGCCUUUUUGUUUACUAAGCUUAAUUCAUUUGCAAAAAGGUGAUUAAAUGAUGAGCUACUAUUGCCAUUUUGUCUUUAGUCAAAUCCAGCCCAGAAAUGUGUGGUAUCUGGAGCGGGUGGUGAGGGCUCCAGGGUCACUGCCACCUUGGUCCCCUGGUCAGUUUGCAGGAUGGUGUCGGGUGGGAGGCCCAGACAUUAGCCAGGUGGCUGGGGUUCAGACCUGGGCACUAACAUAGCCCCCCAGUCUCCAUGUCCUUGUUUCUGAAAGGGAAUGGGGGAGGGGUGUCAGGACAGUAUCACUUCCCAAUUCACAGAGUGCUGGGGAGGAAUCUCCGAGGUCACACAGAGAAAGUAACUGCUGAGGUCACGUAGUCGGCCUUCCAUCAGCUCCCUGAGCCACUUCUGUUCCUGUGCCCACAUGUGGCUUUCAAGACCCAGCUCCCAUGUCCCCUUCCUGCUGAGGAAGGAACCUCCCUGGCUCUACCCUUGGCCCCCUCUGAGGCAGCUACUGCAGCCCUUCUCUCCUCACACACCCCAGGCUGCAGGGCCUCCAGGGUGGGGUAAUGUGGUUCUCUGUGACCUUAACACCCAGUGGAGUAUGUUCCUGGGCACCAGUAUGUGUUGGGCUAGGGGACCCCAAAUGCCCAACUGCAGGUCUGAAGGGCAGAGUCACCUGGGAUGUGUUUAGAGAGAAGUUCCCCAGUCUGUCCCCAGAGGCAGAGAGUGGGCUCUUGGCUGCCCAGAGCUGGGGAGGAAAAGGUAGGGGUGGUACCCAUGGGCCCAGGCCCAGGAAACAAGGUUGUUGUGGUGACGGAGAUGUUCUCAAGAUAGAGUACAUGAUGGUUGCCCUGUUUUGUGCUUACCAAAAGGACAUGAGAGGUUGAGCUGUCAACAAGUGACUCGAUGCAUAAGUUAUAUCUCAAAUUCCUUUAGAAACAUAUUUAAAAAUGUGUCUGCAAGUUAUCCUGUGUCUGUCCUCCACUGUAUCCUCAUCGAGGGCUUGUGGGGCAGGAAACUGCCUCAGCCCACGAGGAGCUGAGCACAGACGGCUUCACUGCACAGGUGCUCUCAAGGAGCCUCCUCUGCGUGGUCCUGAGUCACGUGAUGAGAUGCUGACGUCACGCUGUUUCUGUGAUGGAAGAGACUUUUAGGGGCCUUGAGUGGGAGGCAGCUUAUUUUUCAUGUGGGCAGAAUGGAAAUAAUUUGUGUCAAGAAGGUGGAUUGUGUUGGUUUUCAAUUUUCCACCAAUUCUGUGAUACACAAGAGAGUAGACACUUCCCCCUGUGAGUGUACCUGACUUGCUGGCUCUUCCUCGUGAGGAGAAUGAAGCAGAAGAGACGCGCCACGUCAGAGUCAGGCUCACAGGGACUGAGACUUCCCGCCCGGACUCCCCUCCUGGUCCCUCUCUGGGGUGACUCCCUGCACACGGUGGACCCUCAGCUAAGGGGACGCCCACAGGACAAGGACCUGAGGGUUUUCUCCAGGAGCCACAUGCAGGAGCUCUGAGGCAGGUCCUUCCACGCUGAUCACGGCCGUUCAGAUCCGCCAACAUCUCGUCCCCAUCGCUGCCUCAUGGGACCCAGAGCUGGAGCUUCUGAGUGAGGCCCCUCUUCAUGCCCCCCCCUCAGAGACUGUGCCAGAUGCCAGAUCUUUGUAUUAGGUGCAAAGUAUGAAAUGAUUUGGUAUAAACCAUUCAAAAAUUAAGCAAUAAAGUGAUCAGUGGCUGUUUUCUCGCAAGAAACACCAGAGACCAGAGUAGCUCAUGUGACAGUCAAGUCUUGAUAGUAAUGAGCUGUCAGAUGAGAAUUCCACAUCCCCUGAAGUGUUCUUCAAAAUAAACGUGAUUUAAAAAAAUUAUUUCUACUGUUUUCAGAUUCCA